CCGAAAUCCAUUUCAAGACAACUCUUUCUCCUCUCUUUCCUUUUCAUGGCAGCAAACACAAACGAAAUGGAUCGGAUCAAAGGCCCGUGGAGCCCCGAGGAGGAUGAUUUGCUGCAGAGGUUGGUCCAGAAGCAUGGUCCCCGGAACUGGUCCUUGAUCAGUAAAUCGAUUCCUGGCCGAUCGGGGAAGUCCUGCAGGUUGCGGUGGUGUAACCAGCUCUCGCCGCAGGUGGAGCACCGCGCUUUUACUCCCGAGGAAGAUGAGAUGAUAAUCCGAGCCCAUGCGCGUUUCGGCAACAAGUGGGCUACAAUCGCCCGCCUCCUCAACGGCCGUACGGACAACGCCGUGAAGAAUCACUGGAACUCGACUCUUAAGCGGAAGUGCUCGUCGGUGAUGGAGGAUGGUAAUUUUGGGAGCAGCGGAGGGUACGAUGGUGAUUUGAUAGCUGAGCACCAGCAACCGUUGAAGAGAUCGGUGAGCGCGGGAUCUGGAUGCCUGGUCUCCACCGGGCUGUACAUAAGCCCAGGUAGCCCGACGGGGUCCGACGUGAGCCAUUCUAGUGUUCCAGUUCUGUCCUCCUCGCAUCUGUACAGGCCGGUGGCGAGAACCGGUGGGGUUAACGUAGAUGUCAACGUUUCCCCGGCGGUAGAGACGACGUCAUCGUCAAACGAUCCCCCGACCUCCCUGAGCCUGUCUCUACCAGGCGCAGACUCCUCUGAGGUGUCGAACCACCCCCUAGAGUCACCUCCAGUGAACAGCGCAAACUCAAGUGCAAGUGCUAACACGAAUUCAGCACCUGUAGCGAAUCAAACCGGAGGAAGUGGGGUUAUGGGGUUCGGUGCUGAGUUCAUGGCUGUGAUGCAGGAGAUGAUAAAAGUGGAGGUGAAGAACUACAUGUUGCAGUUGCAGCAGAAACAGAAUGGCGGCGGUAUGUUUAUGCAGUUUGGUGAUGACAGUGGGUUUAGGAAUGUUAUGGCUACAAAUCGACUGGGUAUUAGUAAAAUCCAGUAACGAUGGUGUUAAUGGUAGAGAAAUAGAAGGAUGUUGCUCUGUUUUUUUCCUCCUCUUCUGGUUUAGGGAAAUAAGUUUUUGGCAAAUGUACAGUGAGACCAGGUGGUAGAGGAAUGGAAGGAGGGAGAGAAGAAGAUUGGACCUUUACCUGUUUCUAUGGAAGAACUAGCGAACAAAGAACAUUCGAAUCAAAAAUGAAAAAAAACCAAUCUUUGAAAUUUCAAUCCAAGUUUAUAUAACCAAUCCUUCUAAAUGAAACUUCUGUCCUGUAAUUGUGUAGAAUUUUAAUAUGAAUUUCACUGAACUGAAUAACCAGGAUGAUCACUU